CGGCGACGACGACGACGGGUAGCCACGAAAGCGGUGAUCUUGUACUGUCUCCUGAAAGGGAGCACUGUGGCAUCUUCAGGCGCCGCACCUAUUGUUUGAAACGACUUUCACCUCCGACUUCGGGAUAUCCGGGCAGAGCCUUGGCGUCGUGCAUGUUGGACGCUUUGAAGAGAGCACCCGCGAGCGACUUUUUCCGUACUGCUCCAAACCCGACUGUCAUCAUCCCCUACCUGCCCCAAACUUGGCCAUUCACCGUUGACCGGACCACCACCACUUGCCACGCCACGUUGACCCCUUAUGACAGUCACUCAAAGGAAAAAGCCCAAUAAUGCGGAGGAUUUCCAGAUUGUGAAUGAGCCUGGCGUGCAAAUAGAAUGCGACGGGUGCGCCUGUGAUCUUACGCAUUCCGUGCGGAUACGAUGCGCCGCUCCUGAGUGCGAGAGAGGGGACGGUGUGGAUAUCUGUCCGUCUUGCUUUUGUAAUGGCAAGGAAUUCCGGAAGCACAAGAAGGAUCAUCCAUAUCGCGUUAUUGAACUACACUCAUAUCCGAUAUUCUCAGAAGAUUGGGGAGCAGACGAGGAACUGCUAUUGCUGGAGGGUAUAUCCCUACAGGGACUUGGGAAUUGGCAAGCCAUCGCCGAACACGUCGGCACUCGCACAAAGGAGGAAGUCGAACAGCAUUACAAUUCGGUAUAUGUAGACUCGCCGAAUUGGCCUCUUCCGGUCAGUCCGUAUCGAAGCUGUUUACUUUCCCGGUUGGACCGCGAGUUCGACGUUGACCCGGCUGAGUUUCAAGAACGUAAGCGGCGGCGAAUAUCCGCUAUGCCUACCACCAUCCCCGCACCGGCGAAGCCCGUUACCUCGGCACCCGGUGUACAUGAAGUUGCCACAUUCUUGCCCGGCCGUCUAGAGUUUGAACACGAACUUGACAAUGAGGCAGAAGAUCUAGUCAAAGAUCUCGAAUUCGCGGUCUGUUUAGAAUAUGGCGGCGAUGAAAUACCCGAGGAUGAGCAUGAUCCGGAUGUCUGCGCCAGAAUAAAGCUCGGAAAUGAGAAACGGGAUGUCAAAAAAAAUGGUAGUCAACCGCCCAAGUCGGAGGAUGGCCAGGCUGAACAGGCGGCUGAUGAGGAGGGUGAAGCAGAGGAACAAACUCAGCCUCCACCGUUCGAAACCAGAGAGUCCCUAGCAUUCAAAUUGACACUUUUAGAAAUGUACAGCCAACGCGUCCAGAGGCGGCGCGAAGCGAAGGCACUCAUGUUCGAUAGAGGCUUGCUCGAUUAUAAAAAGAUGCAAGCCAAUGAUAAGAAGCGGCCCCGAGAAGAGAAAGAGAUUAUCCAGAGGUUGCGGCCAUUUGCCAAGCUCCAGACGGCCCAAGACUUCGAGGAGUUUGUCACUGACAUGCUUUAUGAACAUACACUUCGAAGGCGAAUACAAGAAUUACAACUAUAUCGAAGAUUAGGCCUUCGGACCGCUGCCGAUAUCGACCAAUAUGAAUUAGAUGCUGCUAAGCGGGGGUACUUCCCUCCAGACAGGGUUCAGCAGCUACGGGCUGCCAGCGGGCGUCCGUCCGCAGGGCCUGAAGGGAGACACGGAAGCGUACAGUCAUUAGACAGGCGCAGUCGCUCACGAGAGCCGACGCCUAGCCAGCAGGCCUCCGGUUCUCAAACGAGCGUUGCGGCUGCACCUCUUAACCUGGCCAACAGUCCCUCUCUUCACCUCCUUACUCCCGCGGAGCAGGCGCUCUGCUCAUCCCUACGUAUCCUCCCGAAGCCGUACCUUGUCAUCAAGGAAACGCUUGUCCGAGAGUAUGCGCGCCGCGGAGGAAAACUGCGGCGACGAGAAGCACGGGACCUUGUUAAGAUCGACGUCAACAAGACGAGCCGCGUAUGGGACUUCCUCGUUCAAGCGGGGUAUCUUAGGAUCGGCCAGGACGCUUCUACUUCACAAGAUAACAGGUACGGUUACCUAGCAGACUUACCGCGCCACACGCUGACCCUCUUUGCAGCUCAGCUUCCACGAGUAAUCGUGACCCGCAAGGACUAA